GCCCCUGCCCUGGAAACUGCGCCGGGAUCCCAGGCGGGCGGGUGAGGAAGGCGGACCUCGCCCAGCGGCGACACCCAGAGCAAGUCACGCAGAAAUCUCCAGGCCGCACUUAUCUCCGGUGCACAGCGCGGGAGAUGACACGCAUCCCACCGGAUCUCGCACAGCACCGCUGAUUAAUAAGCACACAGCUGUUUGUACAACUACCACCGGCCGUGGCGGCCGGAGACCCUCCCUCCCUUCCGCCGGACAUUGGGGCGUGGCUGGAAACUCGGGAGUGGAUUGGCCGGAAGGUGGGACGCAAAUUUGUUUGAAAGGCCCAAUCAGUGCCCGGCUUCUCCGCUCUAGCCAAUAGAAAACCGAGAGGAAGGCAGGAAGGGCGGAGUCUCCUAUUUGAGUUUGUGGCGCGCGAGGCCCUGCAGUCCGGGUUGGCGCUUGGGUACUGGCUGGGUCCGAUGCUGGGUACGCUGCGCGCCAUGGAGGGCGAGGACGUGGAAGACGACCAGCUGCUGCAGAAGCUCAGGGCCAGUCGCCGCCGCUUCCAGAGGCGCAUGCAGCGGCUGAUAGAGAAGUACAACCAGCCCUUCGAGGACACCCCGGUGGUGCAAAUGGCCACGCUGACCUACGAGACGCCACAGGGAUUGAGAAUUUGGGGUGGAAGACUAAUAAAGGAAAGAAACGAAGGAGAGAUCCAGGACUCCUCCGUGAAGCCCGCGGACAGGACAGAUGGCUCCGUGCAAGCUGCAGCCUGGGGUUCUGAGCUUCCCUCGCACCGCACAGUCCUGGGAGCCGAUUCAAAAAGCGGUGAGGUCGAUGCCACGUCAGACCAGGAAGAGUCAGUUGCUUGGGCCUUAGCACCUGCAGUGCCUCAAAGCCCUUUGAAAAAUGAAUUAAGAAGGAAAUACUUGACCCAAGUGGAUAUACUGCUACAAGGUGCAGAGUAUUUUGAGCGUGCAGGUAACAGAGCUGGAAGGGAUGUACAUGUGACUCCGCUGCCUUCACUGGCCUCACCUGCCGUGCCUGCCCCUGGAUACUGCAGUCAUAUCUCCGGAAAGAGUCCUGGUGACCCAGCGAAACCAGCUUCAUCUCCCAGAGAAUGGGAUCCUUUGCAUCCUUCCUCCACAGACAUGGCCUUAGUACCUAGAAAUGACAGCCUCUCCCUACAAGAGACCAGUAGCAGUAGCUUCUUAAGCAGCCAGCCCUUUGAAGAUGAUGACAUUUGCAAUGUGACCAUCAGUGACCUGUACGCAGGGAUGCUGCACUCCAUGAGCCGGCUGUUGAGCACAAAGCCAUCAAGCAUCAUCUCCACCAAAACGUUCAUCAUGCAAAACUGGAACUCCAGGAGGAGGCACAGAUAUCAGAGCAGGAUGAACAAAACAUAUUGCAAAGGAGCCAGACGUUGUCAGAGGAGCUCCAAGGAGAACUUCGUACCCUGCUCUGAGCCUGUGAAAGAGACAGGGGCAUUAAGAGAUUGCAAGAACGUAUUAGAUGUUUCUUGCCGUAAGACAGGUUUGAAAUUGGAAAAAGCUUUUCUUGAAGUCAACAAACCCCAAAUCCAUAAGUUAGAUCCAAGUUGGAAGGAGCUCAAAGUGACACCCUCGAAGUAUUCUUCCUUGAUUUACUUCGACUCCAGUGCAACGUAUAAUCUUGAUGAGGAAAAUAGAUUUAGGACAUUACAAUGGUUAAUUUCUCCUGUAAAAAUAGUUUCCAGACCAACAAUACGACAGGGCCAUGGAGAGAACCGUCAGAGGGAGAUUGAAAUCCGAUUUGAUCAGCUUCAUCGGGAAUAUUGCCUGAGUCCCAGGAACCAGCCUCGCCGGACGUGCCUCCCGGACUCCUGGGCCAUGAACAUGUACAGGGGGGGUCAUGCGAGUCCUGGUGGCCUUCAGGGCUUAGAAACCCGCAGGCUGAGUUUACCUUCCAGCAAAGCAAAAGCAAAAAGUUUAAGUGAGGCUUUUGAAAACCUAGGCAAAAGAUCUCUGGAAGCAGGUAGGUGCCUGCCCAAGAGCGAUUCAUCUUCAUCACUUCCAGAGGCCAACCCCACACACAGCGCAGCUCGCCCGCAGCAGACAUCUGACCUUCACGUUCAAGGAAAUAGUUCUGGAAUAUUUAGAAAGUCAGUGUCACCCAGCAAAACUCUUUCAGUCCUAGAUAAAGACGUGCCAGGCCACGGAAGGAAUCGUUAUGAUGAAAUUAAAGAAGAAUUUGACAAGCUUCAUCAAAAGUAUUGCCUCAAAUCUCCUGGGCAGAUGACAGCGCCUUUAUGUAUUGGAGUAUCUACAGAUAAAGCAAGUAUGGAAGUUCGAUAUCAAACAGAAGGCUUCUUAGGAAAAUUAAAUCCAGACCCUCACUUCCAGGGUUUCCAGAAGUUGCCAUCAUCACCCCUGGGGUGCAGAAAAAGUCUACUGGGCUCAACUGCAAUUGAGGCUCAUUCAUCUACAUGUGUUGCUCGUGCCACCAGGAGGGACCAUCAGUUCCCUGCCAAAAGACCCAGGCUAUCAGACCCCCAGGGCUCCGGACACCAGGCCAAUUCCCUGGGUGCCUCAGAUGGGGUGGGCAAUACCAUCAGACCGGGAGACCAGGGCAGCUCUUCACAGCCCAACUCAGAAGAGAGAGGAGAGAACACGUCUUACAGGAUGGAAGAGAAAAGUGAUUUCAUGCUAGAAAAAUUGGAAACUAAAAGUGUGUAGGUCUAUAAACCAUCUGGAAAUGUUUCUGCACAGGCAUGGAGGGAGAGCCAAUUGUACAGAUGUACAGCUGCCUCCUUGUACUCUAUCGAAUGGUGCACUCUCCCCACUGCAUCAGUGGUGUUCAAGCUUGUUUAGCAGCAAUACUCUUUAUCACUGGGCAGGAAAUCAAUUCACCAUUUGCUCCACAAAACAGUUUGAAGACCACUGUUCCAGAGAAGGCUUUAGCACGGGUUGGAUUUUGGACAGCAUAGCAGCUCUCUCCUGUUGAUGGGACCCCGGAUGGUGAAUUCCUUUGGCAGUUGUACUGGGAACAGUUUGGAAGUCCUGGUUUACCUGCUCUGGGGACACCUAGACUAUUCUGAUGGCCUGAGCAUAGCAAAAGCCUUCCCCACACUGCCCCUCUCUUCCCCUACAUGUUCUUAGACAUGGGGCUAAUUUCUCCUUUUUGACCAGCAGCCAAAUUCUGUUCCAGGCCUCACUGGUCUCCAGUUGCAACAGUCCAAACUGACUUUGGUAACUUUAAGUCGCAAAGGGAAGGGCCUGGAAUAAAUGUCAGUUCCUCCA